AUGCAGGAUUCCCAGCGGAAGUCUUCAAGCAUGCUCGUGCAUUCGCCAUUCGGGACCUCUGUGCCAGGCAGUCUUAUCACGGCCUUUGCUGCAGCUGCUGUUGGGGUCAUCAUUAUCUUUCUGGCGAAAGGCUGUCACCGUAUCAAACAGCUUCGUGGGCUUGAACAAAUCCAUGGCUGUAAGAAGCCGCCUAACGAAAGCGACCGCUUUCGAUACGAUUUCUUUGGCAUCGUCAAGGCAAUAGAAUUGGCGUUCCACUUCCGAAAUCGAACUUCUCUGCCAUAUACAAAUGCGCUUUUCGAAAAGUAUGGGGAGACUUAUGCUUCCAAUGUUCUUGGAUACCGGCUUCUCUUUACCUGCAACGCAGGAAAUAUCAAACAUCUGUUGUCCACGGCAUUUGUCGACUUCGAUAGUUCUCCACCGCGACGGCCCUUGUUUGAGCCCAUUACCCCACAUGGCAUCUUUACCCUCGACGGUGCAGACUGGAAAAUAAGCCGGGAGCAGUUGCGGAGUCAACUCUCUAACCUUCGGAAGGCUAUCGAUCUCAACUUGUGUGAACAACACUUCCUGGCCUUUUGUCAACAUGUCCCACCCAAUGGACAGGUUUUCGACAUUCAAUCCCGCGUGUUUGCUCUCUCUUUGGAUAUUCAGACCUUAUUUUCGCUAGGGGAGUCUGUUGAUGCACUCAGCUUCACUCAAUCGCAGGAAAAGGUGCAAUUUGUAGAGCACCUGCUUCUUGUCAAAGAAAGGAUCGUGCAAGACGGUUUCCGGGGACCGCUCCGUCAUUUGUCAUCCAAGCGAGGAUUUCUCCAGUCCUGCAAGAGGGCUCGAGAAUAUGUGAUGGUUCGAGUAAUCCGGAAGAUUCAGAGACAGAACCGUGUGGAUGGGGAACCUGGGGAGCGGCAUCAUUAUAAAACAGAUAUCAGCGUGAAUGUUGAUCAAGUGUCACGGCUUACCGAUCAAUGCUUGAGCAUACUACUCGCAAACGAUAGCAUGAGCACCACUCUCUCGGGCCUUUUCUUCUGUCUUUCCCAGAACGAGCGGGUGGUCCGUAAGCUGCGAGCAAGUAUCCUUGAGACCAUCGGAUCGACACCCCCGACGUGGGGACAGCUUGGAAGACUUCACUAUGUCCGCUGGGUGCUCCAGGAAGCUAUGAGGCUCUUCCCCCCAGUUGUAUUAAAUGCAAGAGUGGCGAACAAGAAUUCAACACUGCCAAAUGGUGGUGAGUCUGGCGGCAACUCGCCGAUUCUUGUCAUGAAAGGAGAUAUAGUGGUCUUUUCCACCUGGGCAAGACACCGCUUAGGGGAGGACUUUGGGAAGGAUCCAGAGGCUUUCUACCCAGAACGGUGGGAACAGCUAAGCGGAGACAUGUCCGGAUUUAUUCCGUUCAAUAAGGGUCCUAGGACCUGUCCUGGCCAGCAUUAUGCUAUGAUUGUGCUGACAUACAUUGUGGCUCGCAUGUUCCAAACCUUCUCGACUGUUUCCAAUUACAAUACUAGACCAUGGAAGGAACGGAUUAGCAUGACAUUCGAGAAUGAAAACGGGGUUCUGGUCGGGUUGAGUUAG